AUGUCUAAUGUGCCAUUGGUUCGUCGAGCGAUUGCUGGUGCUUCAUUUGCUCAUACAUCCACUUCGAUUGAGGUCCCUUCAAUGAAUCCUGUAGGCGACCAUUGGACCCCAGCUGCCUUAGAACGAGCUGGCUCAACAUUAAAGGCUCUCCAUCGUAUGGCAAAACGUCCCCCAGUUCACAUCAUAUUUGAAGAUGUCGGAUACACUGUUAACGCAAGCGAAGGUAAGAACAAAUAA